AUGCCACCCUUCAAGGAUGAGCAUAUCCUGUUGAUUGCGCCAGGUUCGCAAAUGACCCUGGCGCAGCUCGGGCUGCCCGAAACAUUCACGCCUGCGCGCUUUCGCUUCCCCACGCGCAUGUUCCCUGCCCAGAAGAAGGGAGAAUUCGAGCCUUACCGAGUCCGCGAACGACGCCAGCCAGUUGCAUCCAGCAAUGGCAACGGCGCGCCCAAGAACGAGCCUCCCAAGACGGAUGUGGAAAUGAAGGACGCGGAGUCCACUGGCCAAGAUGGCGCGGACAAGACCGAGCCUGCUGAGAAUGCCGAGAAGCCUGCGGAGGAAAAUACUGAAGGUGCUGAAAAGACUGAGGUCCAAGAGACCUUCUACGAGGAGGACGUCACAUCCGAUGAAGGCGCCGUGUAUCCGAUCGUCGGCGGACGCAUUGUCGACUGGCCUUGCUUCUUCGCCCUCCUGACUCACAUUUACAACGCCCUUAGCCCUCCAUUCCACACUCCGAUCCUGUUGAUUUCGCAGCCGGCCUGGACUAUGCGCGACCGCGAGGCGAUCACUCAAUUUGUCUUUGAAAAGUUCAAGGUGCCCGCGUUUAGCAUCAUGGACUCUGCGGUAGCUACAUGCUACGGCUACGGCGUGACAACCGCUACGGUUAUUGACGUUGGCAAAAGCAAGGUGGACGUGACUGCAGUGACGGACUGCCAGGUCAGCGAAUACGGCCGGGGCAUUGCUCUGGAAGGAUGCGGCGGUGAUGCUAUGACCGACCGACUUGUCGAGCUCCUCGGUUCCAAGGGCUUCACCUGUGAGAUGUGCGAGCAGCUCAAGCGGAGCAACAUUGCCGAGAUUCUAGCUCCCGGUACACCACUUCCCAGAGCUGCGGCUACCGCACGCCAAGGCACAAACCCGGCAGCUGCUGCAUCGACUGGUGGAACAGGUGGAAACGAUGCUAUUCCUCGUGGCCCAGGCGAGGGCACCCAGAUCGGUACCGAUACCAACGGCGAGGAGGAUGAUGGAGUUCUGGACGUUGCUGCCAUCGUUAGCGGUAACACCACAGAGUAUCUUGCCAAGAUGGAGAAGGAAAAGACCAGCAAGAAGGGUGGUGCGGAACCUAAGCAGAAGAACGCCCCUAACCAUCAAAAGGAGAAGGCCACGUUCCAAUUCGAGGAAUUCGUCCCAUUGGAUGACGAUAGCGCACCCACUAGUGGUUCCCGUCGAUACAUUCGUCACACUCGGGAGAUCGAGGUUGGCGCCGAGCGCUUCCUCCUCGCGACGCCGGUGCAGAAUUGCGGAGACCGACUGACUAGCGGCAUCCUUGAAGAUAUCGCCGCCCAAGUCUAUCACACGAUCCUAUCUGUUCAGAACGCGACUAGGCGUAGUGAGCUUUGGGACUCCAUUAUCAUCGUCGGAUGUGGUAGCCGAGUUCGAGGUUUCGCUCAGGCUCUUAUUGGAGUCCUCACCCAGAAAUACCUACUCUCUCCCUCUGCAACCAUCUUCACCUCUGAAAUCCCUUCAGCCUUCACCACACCUCUUCCUACUGGCGGCACUAAUACUCCGGCGCCCAUGGGCCAGCCUGGCCCUAUGUAUCACCCGGCUGCCCAUGGUGUAAACCCUCUUCUUGUGGCAGCUACCCACAACAACCCUGGCAUAGUCCCUGGCACGCCCGGCAUGGAUCCCAACGGUUCCGUCCACAGCCGCUCGACCGGUCACUCGCAGACUCCGACUUCCAUCAAGCCUCUGAGACUGCCCGACUACUUCCCCGAGUUCAAGCACGAGGGCAACCGUAACACCCCCGGUGCCAGCCAUGGCCCGAGCGCCACUCAAGGCGGGCACGGCGCCGAGGAAGCUACCUUCCUCGGUACCCAGAUGGCUGCUCGGGUCAUCUUCGUGGUUGAUCAGGGUCUGUCUAAGGGCUUUAUGACCCGUGUCGAAUAUAACGAGAACGGACCGUCUUCCAUCCACGAGUACUCUCUGUGA